AGAUUUGUUCGCCAUCUUUUUGGGGUUUUCUCGAUGAGUUCUUGGUUGGUAUAAGUGGAGUGGUUUGUGAUUCUCUUUUUCCUGCUUGGACGAGGGAUUAGGUUCUUCCAUUUCUUGUUGGAUUCGUGUUGAUCUCUGCGGGUGCCAGAGAUGAGCGUGCCGCACCUGUUCCGGUGUCCGAUCAGCUUGGACAUCUUCACGGACCCGGUGACGCUGUGCACGGGGCAGACGUACGACCGCCAGUGCAUCGAGCGGUGGCUCGCCGACGGCCACCGCACCUGCCCCGUCACAAUGCAGGCCCUCGGCGACGGCGACACCACCGUGCUAGUGCCCAACCGCACCCUGCGCCACCUCAUCGAGCGCUGGCUCUCCGCCGCCACCGACCACAGCCUCCCGGAGUCGGCGGACGACGAUCCGUCGCUCGCGGCGCUCAAGCGGUGCCUCCAGUCCGACGCCACCUCCGCCGCCGCCAAGAUCGGCGCGCUCAAGAAGGUCUUGGCGCUGGCGUCCGAGUCCGACGUCGGCCGCGCGUGCAUGCUGCAGCUGGGGUUCCUGAGCGUGCUACUGCCGCUCGUCUUCCACGCCGCGCCGGCCGCGCCAGCGGAGCGCCACGCGGAGGCGGAGGAGCUCGCGCUGCAGUGCGCGCUCAGCCUCAUGCCGUCGAACGCCGCUGCGCCGCAGCUCGACUGCCUCAACAUGCUCAAGAAGGAGGAACACCUGGCGUCCUUCGUCCGGCUGCUGGGGCGAGGCAGCGGCCGGGCCAAGGCAGGCCUGUGCCGCCUCCUGGAGACCGUCGCCACGGCCGCGGCGACCCGGGACCUGGCGCUCGUCGUGGCCGCCUCGCCGCGCGUGUGGCAGGCGCUCCUGCCGCUCCUGCAGCAGCACGCCGGCCCGGCCCCCGACGCGCGCGCCUCGGAGGCCGCGGUGCGCGCGAUCGCCGCGGUCUGCGCGGCCGAGCCGGCGCGUGGCAGCGCCAUCCACCACGGCGCGGUCGGCGCGCUCUUCAGGCACCUGUCGUGGUGGGCGUACGUCAAGGGCGGCGGGGCCGUGUCCAGCGCGCUGGCGGCGGUGGAGGCGCUGGCGGAGACGGAGGCCGGGCGCAGGGCGGUGGCGCACGCGCCCGGCGCAACGCGCAUUCUCGUGAGGCACGUGUUCAUGAUGUCGUCGAGCAACGACGGGAGCGAGCACGCGGCGGCGGCGCUGCUGGCCGUGUGCAGGGAGUCGCGGGCGGCGCGGAGCGAGGCGGUGGGCGCCGGGGUGGUGACGCAGCUGCUGCUGCUGCUCCAGAGCCAGUGCGGCGCCAGGGCUAAGGCCAAGGCGAGGGCGCUGCUGAAGCUGCUCAAAUCCAGGUGAACCAGAGCUGAGUACUUACUCAUUAGAGUUAGCGAGGAUCUAGAUGUUCUUGUAAGCUGUAAGUUUCUGCGUCAAGAAUGUCUGCCAAUGUAUUCAAUUGCGUGCAACUUAUGUAGUGGCAAUUC